GGUAAUGUUUUGCACCAAUGAUUAGAUUGCAACUGCAAGACAUGGCUGCUCUCCGUCAUCUCACCGUAAAUAUUGGGAGAGCAAUCUUCUCCCAAGAAUCAAGAAGAUGCAUAAGUCUUUCCUCGGCGUUGAGAAUUAAAGAAAUAAGAGAAACGAGAGAAGGGAAAAAUCUGAUAGUUGAAGGUGUAACCAUUUCCUCCUCAAGGGUACCUUUGCUCGUCAAAAACACAGCACCUACCGGAGCUUGUCCUGUUUGUGCUGCCGGUCUAGAUGUGAAGCAUACGGAUGUUUUAAUUCUUAGCCAAUUCCUACGGUCAGAUGGUUGCAUGCUACCUCGCAGAGUAACUGGCCUGUGUAAAACUCAGCAGAAAAGAAUAGGAACAAUGGUAGCAAUGGCCCAGAAAGCAGGACUGAUGCCAAACAUUGCUCCGGCCAAUAGCAAACGAGAUCCAAAGCGUAGAAAAGAUUGGAAGAAAUUCAACACUUAUUUCGACGAAAAUACGAUCUGGACAAAAUUUGUGUAAUUUAUAAAACCCUUUAGUUAUGUACAUGUAUUUAGUGUGUAAAAUAAAUAAAUCACCAUCUUAUAAA